AUGGAGAAGUUGCGAGGUGAGGAUGAUAUGGAGAAGGACAGCGGUACAUCUGUGGACGCGGUAGACGAACGCGAAACGCUCGAGGAGACCGAUGGCGAUGAGUCCCCGAAAGAGGUGGUCAUCGGCAGUACAGCAACCUUGAAUGCCACCGUUCAAGCCAGGGGUGUAUCUGCGCAAGGCGAAGACACCCCCGCCUCUUCUUACAAAGACGGAGACUCGCCGAAACCUGCUCGGGAGCAAGACAGCGAACUCGAAACCAAACCGUUUUCAUCCGCGGAGGAGUUUUUUGCGAUGCUGAAGGGCAGGGUGGCACGGAAUGCCAUUUCCUCAAAGGAGUUAGUGGAUUCCGUCCUCGAACGGGUAAGUGCGGCGCCGAUGUCAUGA